CUGUCAAUGUCGUUCAUCUUUGUCUUUGUCAGUUCUGUCAAAAUAAGAUUGCGAAGUUGUUUACAAUUUAACGAUAAUUCUGCGAAGACUUUGCACGUUGUAUAGUUUCCAAAAUGAUUACCAAUUUUGAUAAACUAUGUGGAGAAUUAGAAAAACAAGAAUUAGAGGCACCAACCGGUAUAGCAUCUCCUUCUACUUAUGCACAACUGCUGGCAAUAUAUUUAUAUCAGAAUGACUUAUGCAAUGCCAAAUUCCUGUGGAAAAGGAUUCCUCAAAACAUUACCAGUAGCAACCCUGAAAUAGCUGCUAUAUGGACAGUGGGCCAAAAGCUAUGGAAGAAGGACCUACCCGGAACAUACCACUCUUUAGCUGCUUUUAAUUGGACUGAACCAGUGGUCAGUAUCAUCCGAGCUCUAGAAGAUAAGGUCCGAGAGCGAACAUUCAACUUAAUUGGUCGGUCAUACAGUUCAAUUUCCCUUGACGCCGUCGUCUCAAUGACUGGCUUGAGUAAAGAUGCGGUAUUACAUGUGUGCAGAGACCGUAAGUGGACUCUUAAUGAAGAUGGUGUGACCGUGAGCCCCACGCCACCCACUCAACCAGCUCCACUGCACACCUCCAGUGAAGAUCAACUGUUCAAGCUCACAGAAUUUGUUUCAUUCUUAGAAAAUUAAGUAAGGUACCUAAUUUUACUGUAUAUUGUGUAUUUGUAACCAAGCUUCCAAAUUUUUUUUUGUAUUAACGAUUAUUGCAGUAUGAAAAGUAAAAAAAACAUUUUCAUUAAUUUAAUCUCAUUUAUUACAUACAAAACCUAAUUCGAAGUCUAUAUUCGUUAAAACUAAAAAGUUCUUUAAUACAAAGAUAUUAUUUUAAUAGGUAUAAAAAGAUCAUAAAUGUAAAGUAAGUGGCAGUGUAAAUUCGUAUGUUUUAUCUUACAAUAAAGCUGUACUUUGUCCAA